CCACGAAGUACAACACCACUAGAUCCAAUACAACUCUCGUUCUCGGGAGUUUGGCAUCUAGUUUUAGUCUCACAACAAAGUUUCACGUCGCAGUCUCUCUCAGGAGAUCUCUGCGCCUCCCCACCCCCGCCUUCUCCCCCAUCAAAAAGCUUUGCGAUCUCUAGAUCCCAGGCACGGCUUGCGAUCUAGAUAUUCUCAUCAAACCCAACCGCAAUCAUGGCUACCGACAAAGGACUCGAGGAGAUCCCAGAGGGUCAAAUCGAAUCUAACUAUGACGAGACCGUCGAUUCCUUCGACACCAUGAACCUGAAGCCAGAGCUUCUUCGAGGUGUCUACGCUUAUGGUUUCGAGCGCCCGUCUGCCAUUCAGCAGCGCGCUAUCAUGCCAGUUAUCAAGGGUCACGAUGUUAUUGCCCAGGCCCAAUCUGGAACGGGAAAGACCGCCACUUUCUCCAUCUCCGUCCUUCAAAAGCUUGACCCCAACAUCAAGCAAUGCCAAGCCUUGAUCCUGGCCCCCACCCGUGAAUUGGCUCAGCAAAUCCAAAAGGUUGUCGUCGCUAUCGGCGAUUUCAUGAACGUUGAGUGCCACGCAUGCAUUGGUGGUACCAGCGUCCGCGAUGACAUGAAGGCCCUCCAGGAAGGUCCCCAGGUCGUUGUUGGUACUCCUGGCCGUGUCCACGACAUGAUCCAGCGACGAUUCUUGAAGACCGAUAACAUGAAGAUGUUCGUCCUCGAUGAGGCUGAUGAAAUGCUUUCUCGUGGUUUCACUGAGCAAAUCUAUGACAUCUUCCAACUCCUUCCUCAAUCCACCCAGGUUGUCCUCCUUUCAGCCACCAUGCCCCAGGAUGUGCUCGAGGUCACCACCAAAUUCAUGCGCGAUCCCGUUCGUAUCUUGGUCAAGAAGGCCGAGCUUACCCUGGAAGGUAUCAAGCAAUUCUACAUCGCUGUUGAGAAGGAAGACUGGAAGCUGGAUACCCUCUCCGACUUAUACGAGACGGUCACCAUCACACAGGCCGUUAUCUUCUGCAACACCCGAAGAAAGGUUGACUGGCUUACCGACAAGCUCACCGCUCGUGACUUCACUGUUUCGGCAAUGCACGGUGAUAUGGACCAGGCUCAGCGUGAUCUGAUUAUGAAGGAGUUCCGAUCAGGUUCUUCUCGUGUCCUGAUCGCCACUGAUCUUCUGGCCCGUGGUAUUGAUGUCCAGCAAGUUUCUCUGGUCAUCAACUACGAUCUUCCCGCCAACCGUGAGAACUACAUUCACAGAAUCGGUCGUGGAGGUCGUUUUGGACGAAAGGGUGUCGCGAUCAACUUCGUGACCGCCGAGGAUGUGCGCAUGAUGAGAGAAAUCGAGCAGUUCUACAGCACUCAAAUCGAGGAGAUGCCAAUGAACGUUGCCGAUCUCAUCUAA